UUUACCCAGUGUAUGGCAAGCAUGCAACCAUCCGUAACCCACAUUAGACCAUCACCGGAUUCCUUCAACAAGACCUACGAUCUGGCUAAUUGGUACGAACAACGGAACGCCUCCGAUGUCCCGCUAGUACCAGUUCCUGGUACAACCCAGAGAACCACCGCACAACACAACUUCAACUUUAGUCCGUCGACAAGUGCCUUGCCAUUUUCUCACCAUACCAGUGCCGAAAUGGAUUCAACAAGAUAUGGAGUGAGAUCGGAUUCUUUCACCAACGUUGAUAUUGUGUCGCCGAAUAUUCAAAGGAAUAUUAUUGAGGAUCACCCGUUUUCACAAGCUGGCCCCAAAAGCAGAACAGAGUCCAUGCAUAGUUCCAAGUGCAUCAGAAGUAAUGUGGCACUGAGUGAAACAGUUAGUAAUUUAUGGAAUUUUUCUAUUUCUGAAGGGACAAAAGUGUCAUAUGAGACUGGUUAUAAUCAUUUUUUUAAAUUUUUGCUAUUAAAUGGUAUAAGUGUUACUGACAGCAAGCCUUAUUCAGUGUCAGAAGAUCUGUUGAUAUAUUUUGCUACACAUUGAUUUCAACAUCUCAAACUACAGUACUCUACCAUUAAACUAUACAUAUGUGGAAUUAGACAUAGAUGCUUAAAGGACAACAUAUGUUCUCCUUUCAAUAAUUCCAGUAACAAUUUAGAGAGACUGUCCUUGUUUUUAAAUUCUAUUAAAAGAUUACAGAAACCAAUCAUUAAAGAUCGCUUACCCAUUACUUUUGAUAUCCUUCAACAUUUAUGUGUUAAGCUUAAAGAAGGAAUUUUUUCACCUUUUAUUGACCAGAUGUUAUAUACUGCUUUUACAGUAGCUUUUUAUGGUUUCUUACGCUGUGGCGAGUUUACAAUUCGCAGGUCAAAAUCAUUUGAUUGUAACAACAAUUUAUGUAUAUAUGAUGUUUUAUUUUAUUCUGACUAUGUUAUUUUACAUUUAAAGCAAUCUAAGACUGACCCUUUCAGGAUGGGUGUUGAUAUUCAACUUCACAAGCUAAAUCAUGAUUGUUGUCCAUUUAAAGCUUUACAUGAUUA